CCUAAAAUGAGAUAAUGGCAGCUGUCUACAGCAAACAAGGCGGGCUAUUCUUUGUGGAUGGACCUGGUGGGACAGGAAAGACAUUUUUGUAUAGGGCACUGCUCGCAAAACUACGUAGCCAGGAUAAGCUUGCCGUUGCCACAGCUACAUCUGGGGUCGCAGCGGCCAUAAUGCCAGGUGGGAGGACGGCCCACUCGCCUUUCAAGAUACCCCUAACUCUUCAAGAGGGCGGUUGUUGUAGCUUCACGAAACAGAGUGGUACUGCCAAGUUGUUGCAGCAAGCAGCUCUCAUAAUUUGGGACGAGGCAUCGAUGACAAAGAGGCAAAAUUUGGAAGCACUAGACAACAGCCUACGUGAUAUCAUGGGUCGGUCACACCUACCCUUUGGUGGGAAGACUGUUGUCCUUGGUGGGGAUUUCAGACAAGUCCUCCCUGUUGUGCGGAAAGGAUCUAGGGCUCAAAUAGUCGGUGCUUCUCUACGAAGGUCGUAUCUUUGGGAAUCCAUGCGCCACCUAAAGCUUGUUCGCAACAUGAGGGCUCAGAGUGAUCCGUGGUUUGCAGAUUAUUUGUUGCGCAUUGGUGGUGGAACGGAAGAGGUUAACGGAGAUGGCAAUGUUCGUAUUCCAGAUGAGAUCUGUAUCCCGUACUCUGGUGAUGCCGAGAAAGAUCUUCAUAGUCUGAUUGACAGCAUCUUCCCAAAUCUGAAUGCAAACAUGGCGGACAAAGACUACAUCACCACCAGAGCGAUUUUAUCUACACGCAAUGAUUGGGUGGACAUGAUCAAUAUGAAAAUGAUUGAUAUGUUCCAAGGUGGUGAGACGGUGUAUCACAGUUUUGACACCGCGGUAGAUGAUCCACAUAACUACUAUCCAUCGGAGUUUCUUAAUAGCCUGACCCCCAACGGGCUGCCACCACAUGUCUUGAAGCUCAAGCUCGGGUGUCCUGUCAUAUUGCUUAGGAAUAUUGACCCCGCCAAUGGGUUAUGCAAUGGUACAAGGUUGGUGGUACGGGGGUUCCGAAGAAAUACAAUCGACGCUGAAAUCGUUGUCGGGCAGCAUGCUGGGAAGCGGGUAUUCCUUCCUCGAAUACCGUUAUGUCCGUCUGAUGAUGAGAUGUUCCCAUUCCAGUUCAAGAGAAAGCAGUUUCCCAUCAGGCUGAGCUUUGCCAUGACGGUCAACAAGUCACAGGGCCAAACCAUCCCGAAUGUGGGUGUGUACCUGCCUGCACCGGUCUUCUCUCACGGCCAGUUGUACGUUGCGAUGUCCAGAGCCACAUCAAGAACGAAUAUUAAGAUCCUGGCCCUACCAGCUGAUGCAGAGGCACAAGAGGAGGAGGCAAAAAAUUUAGAGAAGAAAAAUGCUAAAAAAAAUACCACGGGAAAAAAGCCUAAGAAUGCGUUAUUAAAUAAAAAAGAUAAGGAUAAGAAGACCCUAACAACGGAUGGAACUUUCACAAAAAAUAUUGUAUAUAAGGAGGUCCUAACGCCAUAGAUGAGGUAUUUUCAAUUGGCUUAUCAGACUCUACAGGGAGAUGUUCUAUACAUAUUUAUAUGAUGGCAUAAUUACAUUUUGAGUGUUUUGUUGUAAAUAAAUAAGUUAUAUUUUACUAUUAUUGGUUUACUACACAACAUACUCAUGGUUUUGUACGGAAUAGCUAUCUUUUUGUGCUAAAAAAUUUACAUAGUAUUAUCCAUGCGACACACACUAAUAUAUAUACAUAUACUCAAAUGUGUGA